AUGGAGCACAGCGCAGCAACCUUCGCGACCUACGAAGGCAGAAUGCCCCGCAUGAGUUGGAAAGUGGACGGCACCGGCGCGUCUGGAGCUCACUUUGUCGCGUGGCAGCGAUUGCUGCAGAAUGAGAACACCACGGAAAGUAGCCGCUUCAAGGAAUGCCACAAAGACCUCCUGGCCGAGUUGGCACAGCUCAGCGGCGAUCUUGCCGAGGUACAACAGAGCAUCAAGGCUGUGGAGGACAACCGAGAUCGGUUCCACCUCAGUGAUGCCCAGCUCGCGACGAGAAAGGAUUUUUUGGCUGCCAGCCAGAUGGCACACCAGGAGAUCAACUCCAGCUUGUCGAGCGCUGCGGUACAGAACAAGUUUGACGAGGACCGCAGGCAAGCCCUCCUCCGGAAUCAAAGACAGGCGAAAGAGACGGCAGAGAGGAAUCUGGCUCAGGAAAGCAAAGCCUUCCUGGAGGAGCAGCGCUUGCUGCAGAAGCAGCUCCUUGCACAGCAGGAGGACGAGCUGCAGGCACUUGAGAAGGGUGCUCAAAGACUCGGACAGGUCGCCUACACGAUCAACGGUGAGAUCGAAAGUCAGCAAAAACUGCUAGACGAGUUGAACCAGGAUAUCGAGAAGGAGAUGGAGCGAAUGGACGUCGUGACAAAGGGAAUGGGAGCUCUGUUGAAGACGAGCAACAAGCCACACCGACCACGGUUGAUCGGACACGCCCCCUACAUCAUCGUGCAUCUGUUUUCGAGGGCUCAGAUUUAUGCAGUGGGCGGCGCCAUCGUUCUAUUCGUCAUCCUCGUCUUCCUCAUCCUCAAUACUUGA